AUGUAUAAAGAUGAAGGAUACUACGACAGAAAAUAUGCCAAUAAAAUGUAUUGCGACAAAUAUCCACCAAAUAAAAAAUAUAGUGAUGAAAAUCUAGAGCAAUGCAUAGACGAUUUUGAAGCACUAAAAAGUAUUAAGUCACGUUUAGGACCUCCAGUGUCAAAUCGUUAUCAGCUUAAAUCAGCUGUUAUAAAAAUUGAGAAUAAACCACUAAAUGACAAUACCACUUGUAGUUCGUGGAAAGAAAAUGUUCGUAGCAAUGUAAUGAAUAUUAAUAUGUUAAGAUAUGAAUUGGAUCAAGGUAAUAGAUAUGCUGCACAGAAAAAAGUUUGGGAAUUACAAAAGAAAUUUAAUGCUUUUGAUCAAUACUUGUAUGAAAAAUCAAAGCAAGAGUUUAAUAACAGGCAAUCUGCUUAUAAUGAAAGAUUGGAAAGAAUAGAAUCUGAUAUGAUACAGAAUCUAGAAAAGUAUCAACAUGAGGUAAAUAAGAAGAAGCAACAAUUGUUACAAGAACAACAAGAGCAAGUUCAGCAAAAACAUAGAAGAGCUUUGGAAAUAAAAAAACAAGAAGAAAUUAGAAAAGAGCGAUUGAAGAAAAAGGCAGAAUUGGAUGCCAUAUUUAACUCCCAAAAAGAAUUUCGCACAAUAUAUGAAGAAAUUGUUAAAAAAUUUGGAUCAUACCAAGAUGUCAUAUCAAGAGAAGUUUUAACAGAAUUCAGUGACGAAGUUAAAGUUCUUGUAAAUGAUAUAGAUAAAUUAGCACUGAAAAGCAAGGAUGGAUCAACAUGCCCUGAAGACGUUAUUAAAGCUCAACAACUGGUCGAUGGAAUUAGAAAGCAAUGUAGUUUAAUAAAUUCAGAAUAUUGCAAGGCAGUUACUAGCAUUCAAAUCCAAAACAAUGCACAAACACAAAGGCAUACACAGAAACUGGAUUCCCCUAAAACGGAAUAUGUUGAGCAAGUCCAGCAAAACAACCAGUAACAGAAACAGAUAGUAUUUUGCAAACUACCGAAAAUAGCCAUGUAGACAAUUCUGGAGCUAUCAGUGAAUAUGAACAUGGGAGCAAAUUAAAUUGGAGAAAAGUAGCUGAACAUAGAAGCUUUAUAUUAGAAUUUGCCUCAUAUUUUCAACAAUUGAAGUCUGAUCCAGCAUUAAAGAAAUUUCGAUUUGAUUGUCAAAAAGCAGUUAACAUACCAGUCAAUGCUAUUGCUGGGAAAGGAGAACAUCAUACUAAGGAUAAACUGCAAAAAUUAGAUAAUUUAUUAGCUGGAAAACAAAUUCAAAUUGGUAAAAUGGCACUAUGCGCUGGACAACAUCCUCAAGGG